GAGUCGUUUUGCUCUAAAGAAUGUGGGAAAGGCGAGAGAAGGGUGCAGACCGGCUCCUACGCUUGCUGCUUUUAUUGUUUUCCUUGCCCAGCGAUGACUUUUCUUAAUACAAGCGAUCUUUAUUCCUGCCGGCCUUGUGGACCCGACCAGUGGUCUCCAGUGAGAAGUGACAUCUGUUCUAACCGAACCUUGGAAUAUCUUUACUGGACGGACCCGUUAUCCCUCCUCCUUCUUUCUAUCAUUACAUUACUCAUAUUGGUAAUCGUCACUAUAGCCGCCAUCUUUGUUAUCAAUCUGAACACUCCGGUAGUGAAAUCGGCGGGAGGGAAGAUGUGUCUGGGGAUGUUGCUGUCCUUAGCGCUCUCUUGUUUCACCUUGUACUGCUAUUUCGGAGAGCCGGGGGUGGUCACGUGUAUGGUGAGGCAACCCGUCUUUGCCGUGAGUUUCACCGUCUGCUUCUCCUGCAUCGUGGUCCACGCCUUUCAGAUUGUGUGUAUUUUCAAGAUGGCCUCCCUUAUGCCAAGAGUAUACGACAUCUGGGUGAAGAAGAACGGCUCAGACGUCUUCAUUGCCGUCAGUUCCGCCAUCCAGGUUCUGAUCUCCGUUGUGUGGAUCGUGGUGAAGCCUCCAAGACCUGUAGCGGAUUAUUCCACCUUCCCGGAUCAGAUCAUACUGAAAUGUUCCGAGACGGUAUCUGUCGGCGCCAUCACUCAAAUCACCUACAUCGGAUCCCUCUGUAUGAUAUGUUUCAUCUUCUGCUAUAUGGGGAAAGACCUACCGGAGAGCUACAACGAGGCCAAGUGCAUCUCAUUCAGUUUGCUGGUCUACUUCAUCUCCUGGAUCGGGUUCUUCACCACGUACAUCGUCUAUCAGGGGAAGUACCUUGCUGCGGUCAACGCCUACGCCGUCCUCGUCAGUGUGUUGGGGAUUCUCAUUGGCUAUUUUGUUCCAAAAUGUUACAUCAUUCUUUUCAGACCAGAACUGAACACUACGGAACAUUUCCAGGCCGCCAUCCAGAAUUACACCAAGAAACAGUCCGCACAUGAGUAGAAUCUCACACUUCUUGUGCUUUGUGAUUUUUUUUUUGGCAUCCAU